CCCGCUAUCAGCCGAGGAUUUGGCUAUAAAAACGCGAGGCACUCCCUGUUCCGACAUCAGUUUUCAAAAAUUGUCAACAUGAAGGCUUUCUUCGUUUUGGUUGCCCUGGCCUGUGCCGCCCCAGCCUUUGCCCGCACCAUGGACCGUUGCUCCCUGGCCCGCGAGAUGUCCAACCUGGGCGUUCCCCGCGACCAGCUGGACAAGUGGACCUGCAUCGCCGAGCACGAGAGCUCCUACCGCACCGGCGUGGUGGGUCCCGAGAACUGGAACGGCUCCAACGACUACGGCAUCUUCCAGAUCAACGACUACUACUGGUGCGCUCCCCCCAGCGGUCGCUUCUCCUACAACGAGUGCGGCACCAGCUGCAACGCCCUCCUGAGCGACGACAUCACCAGCUCCGUCCGCUGUGCCCAGAAGGUGCUCAGCCAGCAGGGAUGGUCCGCCUGGUCCACCUGGCACUACUGCAGCGGAUGGCUGCCGUCCAUCGAUGACUGCUUCUAAGCCGAUUCUGACCACGAAUAAAAUGAUUGCAUGAAACA